AUGAAGUACACUGCUGCCCUCUCCGUCCUUGCCCUCGCCGCCACCGCCGUGGCCGCUCCCGCCGACCUCGAGGCCCGCACCAACCACAACAACCCCCCGCCCAGCAACUGCAACAACAACGGCAAGCAGGUCUGCUGCUCUGGCCUCCUCACCUGCCUCGUCCAGGUUCUUGGCGCUUCCUGCAACAACCAGGCCUACUGCUGCAACACCGAGGCCCCUGUUGGCUCGCUCAUCAACAUUGCGCUCCUCAACUGCGUCGACAUUCUCUAA